UCAGCACACCAUUAGAAUCUUCUCGUUGGGCUUUUAUAUUUGAAGGAUGGGUUGAUGAUUCUGCAUUAUUAUCUAAUGAAGAAUCACAUGAUAAUGAACAUGAAGAAACUAAAGAAAUAGAAAAGGAACAAAAGAUGAUGAAGAUAAUAAAAAAACUAUAAAAAUUAAAAUUUCUAAUGAAGAAGAAAUUCAAGAAGAUGAAAUAUCAAAUGAAUAUGCAGAGGAAGAAAAAGAACAAUAAAUGAAAAUGAAUCAAAUGAAGAGCAAAAUGUUUUUCAAAGUAAAGAAGAAGAAUUAAGCCAUGAAAGUGAAUAUGAAGACAGAGAACAACAAGAAGAUAUAUUGGAAGAAGAUAUUACACCAGAAGAAUUUGAUGAUAUUAAUGUGUUAGAAGAAAUAUACAGUAUUAGUACAGAAAAAUUUUCAGAUGAAAAAAAUAUUUUAUAUGAAACAGAUAGUCAAUUUGAUAAAAUAAUAAAAAUGACAAGAAAUAAAGAUGAAAAAUUUGAAAAUUUCGUGGAUAUUCCUGGUGUUAAUGAAAUUAAUGAUGAUAAUUUAGAACCUUUAGAAGAGGUAGAAAACAUAGAACUUGAAGAAUAUGUUAAUGAUAUAGAUAUAAAGCCAGAAAUAGAAGAAAUAGAAGAAGAAUCUGCUAAUGUGGCUAUGAAGUUUGGAGUUGGUGUGGCACUUAUUGUUGCUGCACAUUUUGUCCUUGUGAAACGAUGGAAUAAUGAAGUUAUCUUUGUUCAAAAUCAAUCAAAAUUAAUUUCAUCUGAGAAAAAAAAAUGUGGAAGAAAAAGUAACUCUGAAAAAUAAAUUGAUUAUUCAAGUAGAAAAAUAUGAAACAGGAGAACAAGAUAAAAGUAAAAAAAUAGAAACAAAGGAAUUUAAGGAAGAAAAAAGAAAAAUAGAAAUAAUAAAAGAACAGACUAGUUCACAACAAAAUGAUAAGAUUGAAGAUGAGGAA